GGCAAGUAACCUUGAUCCUUUCGCGAGUCGUACGUGACAGCCAUCGUUCGGGUGGACACCGGUUAGUGUCGAUCGAGACAUCGUCGAAGUAGCAAGCGAUCCUUGGCAGUUUUACGAGUUAUCGACGUUCCCUGCAUGCGACAGGAUGAAAACGUUCGUCCAAGUUCUUCUCGUUACGGCGUGCUUCGUCGCCUGUACACGCAGUUUCCCAAGUAGCUUAGGAUACGAUUCGUCUGAUGAAGAUGAUAUCGAAACCUCCUUCGACUUCGCUAUGCCUAAUUUGUUUUCUGAUACUAUCAAUAGAAUCAGGCAAAAUUUCUUAAACUACUUCUGGACUAUCCCUGAUAUGACAAACUUUUCUACUCCCGAAGGAGCGAACACAACAUCCACAGUCAAGAUCAUUAACGGCCAUGUGGUGACGAUCAACGAGACAGUAUAUUCGAAGAACGAUAGUAAUGGUGGUGCCGUGUUCCGUGUUCGUAUAAUCGACGUGAAGCCACAAAACGAGACCGAAGUGAUUGGAGGAGGCAGCACGGAGCAACCAUCGGUCAGGUCAGAGCCGGACCCGGAGAGCCGCGAGACUGUCGAAGAGUUCAACAACGAAAUAUCGAAAAACACGGAAACGCUGACCGCUUAAAAGGUGAUUAGUCUGCUCGCGAGACACGCCGACGAUCAGCAAUGUCCGAGUGGAUUUCAUGGAGAGGAAGGAGUGAUUUUUAUUUCGUGGCUGUAGUAGAGUAACUUCGAUGACACCGCGGUGUGCAUCAUGUUAAAAUAU